CGCCGCCGCAGUGUGACUCGAGCCGCGCCGCGCAGCGCCCGUGCCAGUGAUGCGAUGGCGGACCCAGAGCCCGCGGACCACGUGACCAUCGUGGCGGAGACGUACGGCCGCGCCGCCAACACCGUCUCCUCGCUCAAGUCCGAGGACUCCACGGAACAGUUAAUAUGCAAGAGCCCCCCGAAAAAGGCUCCCAAAGUGAAGAAGGAGAAGAGUUUGCGGUCCAAGAGUGUGGAACCGUCGGUGACUAGUGAUGCGGUGCGCUCGCGGCGGCUGGUGGUGGCGCUGGGGCUGGCGCAGCUGGUGCUGGGCGCGCUGCUGGCGGGCGGCGGCGCGCUGGCCGUGCUGAAGGGCGCCGCCCUGGCGCGCGUGGGCGCCGGCCUGUGGGCGGGCUGCGUGGCCGUGGUGGCCGGCGUCGUGGGCCUGCUCGCCGGCAUCAGCGACUGCUACGGAGUCGAAGGGAAGAAAGGCAGCGGGCUGCUGACGGGGUUCCUGGCGCUGUCGUUGCUGGCGCUGGCGUGCGGCAACAGCGCGGCCGUGCUCGCGGCCACCGGCCUGCACCGCGACGCCGCGCGCCCCACGCCGCAGCCCGAGACCUUCGAGGAGGAGAUGGAGGCGUGGACUCCAGUGCUCACCAACAUCGUGGUGCUGAUCGUGGCGGGCGUGCAGUGCUUGGUGUGCGUGGUGGCCGUGUACCACCUGUCCCGGCGGCUGUGCUCGUGCCUCCAGCCGCAGCCGCAGUUCGACCACAACCAGUUCGACGCGACCAGCGGGAAGCCCCCGGCCACGUACCUAGUGCACGUGGAUGAAGGGAAGAAGGGGGCGGGUGCGGAGCGCGGGAGGGGGCACGAGCUGGCGCGGGAGCUGGAGGGGCGGCUGCGGGCGCCGGGGGAUGCCAAGCAGGCGGAGGGGAAACAGAAGAAAGAGGAGGCAUCCUACGGCAGUGCAAGCAGCCGCUCGCGCCUCGUCAGCAGCUGGCUGGGCGGGCAGCGCGGGGGCGCGGGCGGGGGCGGGGGCGGGGGGCGCGUGCGCAAGGCGCGGGGGGCGCCCGUGGUGCUGCUGCCCGCGUUGCCGCCCCCGCACAUGCGGAUGCCGCACCCGCAGCACCAUCCUGCUAGCACGCUGGGUCGCAUGCCGGUGAGCGUGAUGGUGCCGCCGCGGUACGCCACGCUGCCGCUGCCCCCCUACGGGCCCCCCCCGCCCCACGGACCCCACCCGCAGCUCUACUACCCGGUCCACGACCCUACUCGCAUCCGGCGGCGGCGCUCCCCCGCGUCCCGCGCGGAGCGGCGGCGGCGGCGCGACGGCCGGGACCGCGAGCGGGACUCGCAGCUCACGCGCUCGCUGGAGCGCAUCCACCGCAAGAGACGGGCCGAGCGCCGGGCGGAGCGGGAGCGACUGUCUGAUGCAGAGCUCAAGAGGACUUAUACGGGAUUGGACAGAGCUUACGCGGAGCAGUUCAUAGCGGUGUGCGACGAGAGCCGCUCGGCCGCCGCGGACCGCAGCGACUCGCUCACCAGCACCGCGUCCAGCGACCUCACCAAUCACACCAGACACCUCGACUUCUGAUGCUGACGCGCUAAGGGUUAAGGUUCAUUGAACGGGAAGCCAGCAGCGGUUAGGGUGGGGUUUGCAACACGCCAGCUUGGUUUCAGCUAUAUUGAUAUGAAGGGCCCCUUACUCCUUAUCACUACUUAACAGCAACAGCUAGAGUCACUGUGGUGGUAUGGUCUUUUAGACCUUAUAGCGUCUACUUCGAGCAGCCGGUGAUGGAUUCAAGUGUAGAUAAGGCCUGACAUCUAGUGGUGUCAAAUUGAACUUAGUAACUAAACGCUGACCGCAGAAGCUUUUAUUGGUCAUGUUCAUGUUGCACGCCAUCUAUUGAGUUCGAUCAAGAUAAUUUAUAUCUAUAUGUGUAUAUUGAUUGUUUUGAUCACUGAAGCAAAAUAAUUGGCGCUGAAAUAUAAUAAUGGUACUGUAAUUAAAUAAACGACAAUAAUGUAUCUGCAUUUAGGAAUAAAUACAAACGUAGUAUAGAUUGAAUACUCAUCGUAUUAGACAAGAAUGUGUAGGCAUAUUGUAUAGUUUAACUUAUAUUACAUCAACCUGCACCAAACAAUAAGUAUAUUUAAUUAAUUAUCACUUACAUUUAUCAGAUACCGUGCAUCUAUUUAUGGUAAAAAAUCCAAUGUGAAAAAUGCAACUUCAGAAGUUUUUUUAUUCUAUAUUAUUAAAAAAACUCAACGCACUCUUCUAGGUAACUAACAAACUUAUAAUAUUACUAUUUACUUUACUGUACCUAAUAUAAUUAAAUUAGAAUUAUCUACUAACUACUAACCACGAUUGAAAGUCGUUUGUAUAAUCUGUAUAAUCGUCAAAUAUCUGUGUUAUAUCCUACUUUUAAGUCUUAUAUUUUAGUCCUUUGUUUUAAUUAAAAUGCGUACAGAUCUUAAUAUGAUACUUAAUUAGGUAUGACAGUCUUAUUAUCUGGCUCUCUGAAUCACCGAUAUGUUAUGUAUCAUUAUCAUCAUCAACCUGCGUUAGGACGUAGGUAAUACUGAGAUGCCUGCGUUUCACUGCAUUAGCCUGUUCAUGGUCUUCACUCGAUAACAUCAUCCAUACAUCAUAAUAAGAUCUGUAUGUUUAUCCUUAGUGUCUAUACGUUGUACAUUGUUUGUCUAGUGGUCCUAUAUGUACCUACCUACAUUAUGUACCUUGCUGGUGCCAAAUUGUAUAAAGAACGGGCAAUUAUUGGAUUGGCUGUCCUUAUGUAAAUACUUCUUAUUCAUGUUACUUUCUAUGUCAAAAUUGCUCAAAUUGUUUGUUAGUUAUUUUAAUGUUUAUAUAUUACCUAGAUCUUAGAGUUUAAGUUUCUGUUACCACAUUUUAUAGAUUUAUUUUCUAGAUAAAGAAUUUUCAUAUUCACUUAGCACAGCUUUAAACUUUGUACUCUAAAGUUUUAUCACACUUAGGUAUAUCUAAGCCUAAGCGACUACCUUGACACAUUAUGUGUAGGUAAUUUAUAUAUUUUAUUACAUAGGUAGGCUAUUGAGAAUACUUGAUCUUUUUGUAAAUAGAAAAAGUCUCAUAUUUAAUUAUCGUAUUUAUGUCGUUUGUAUAAGAAAAGCUACGAAAAUUAUUUAGGUUUUGAAUAAUUUUCAGAGUAUUGGUUGUAAUAGGUAUUUAUUUUAAAUAUUGUAUCGAUUUAUUAUUAUUAGAGUAAUCAAAUAUUGUCGCUCAGAGUGGCAUCGAAUAAAACAUUUAUAAUAAUGA